AUUCCUUUAUUUGUUUUGAUUGCUAUUGACAGAUAUGAAAAACAGUUUUCACCGUCUUGUUUCAUAGGAAUUUUGUUUUCUCUUAUUUUCUUUGACAUAACAAAAAUUUUCAAAAUUCUGAGAUUAAAGAUGGCCGUUCUUGCUGGUGAUGGAAAGAGUAAUGAAGGAACCAAAGAGCCGGAAUCGCUGUGUCCAGUGGAAAAAGAGAAGGCAAAAUCACCGCUUCGCCAAAAAUUAGAAAGCUGGUUGAAUAAGAAUAUGAAAAUUGAAAUGACAGAUGGAAGAGUUUUAAUUGGAAUAUUUUUAUGUACUGACAGAGAUAGAAAUGUAAUUCUUGGAUCUUGUGCUGAAUAUUUACAAAAUGAAAGUGAAGAAUCUAUGGAAGAACCCAGAGUGCUUGGCUUGGCAAUGGUACCUGGUCACCACAUUGUGUCUAUAGAAGUUGAUAGUGAUUUGGCUUCAAAUGUAGAAGUGCUGUAACAACAUGUACAUAAGUCAUUUGUCUAGAGAAAUAUGCUUGAAAAAAAUAUUUUUAUUUGUACAAAUAUAAAAUUGAUAUAUAAAACUCUCUUUUAUUUAAGUCCA